UCCCACAACCUACGCUCAACCAAACCACCCGCACUCUCCCUCUCCCUCCAUCCGCUCGAGCUCUGCCCCGAUGGCCUGCUCCUUCUUCUUCGAGGCGGACACGGUCGGCGUGGAGCCCGGCCAGCGCCACGCGCCGCCGCUCGACCUCCGCGCCUGCGCGCUCUGCGCCAAGCCGCUGGCCCGGAACAGCGACAUCUUCAUGUACAUGGGCGACACACCAUUCUGCAGCGACGACUGCCGCGACGAGCAGAUCAACCACGACGCCGCGCUCGCCCGGCAGCAGGCAAGCGCACGCCGGAAGCAGCAGCAGCAAGCCCAGGCCCAGGCGCAGCGGAGCGGGCGAGAGGCCCCGGCCCCGGCGCCGGUUUCCGCCGCCGCCGUGUCGACGAAGGCCAACGUGUCCGUCGCGAGCUAGCUGAUUCAGCCGCCGCGCCGGAUCGUUCCUGUAGUAGCCUAGUAGCUGUAGCAAUCAAGUGCCUUAAUUGCCUUUGGGGUUGGAGACGAGAGAUUGGAGGAGAUGCGCGGGGGGUUCUUGGACGGCCAUGAUUUUGGUCCGGCUGUGAACUCAACAGGAUCACAGCGGGGUCAAAUUUCAGUUCGGCCGUAUGAGCGGAAUCCCCUGCUUUUGAUUACAUCCCUUUGGGGUGGGAGUUGGGUAUGAUGAGGAGAGAGCCUGUGUGCAAGAGCACCAUGGGUGUGUAAUUAUUUCGAGGCAAUCGUACAAAGUUCAAAGUAUAUUUGCCGAAA